CUAGUUUUUGGUACUGUUUUACAAAGAAACUACUUAUUAUGAAAGAGUUGAAAUAUUUAACUGAGCUUUAACUAAAGCAGUGUCAUGGUGAGUGUGGGUGCUUGCAAAGUGAAAGCCAAGAUCAGCUGUAGUACAAGCUUGUUAAAGCCUGCUGGUCCGAAUAAAGUGAACUUACACAAAGAUAAAAAUUACGUUUUGGUGCUAGGAGCAUUUUACCAUCAAAUAUUAGUUUAAGGUAACCUUUUUAAAGUAAUAGCUAACGUGUGAGGAAAAUGAGUGACAACGUGACAUCACACCCUUAUGGAAAUAUGCCCCGGUGAGGCCCCUCCCCACCCGGGUGACAUCAGCCGGAGCUCCGCUGCUUUCCUCCAGGAUCCGCGCACACAUCCAGCACCGCCACCGGGAGAGCUCGACGGAAAACGGCGACUGCUCGGCUGUUGUCGCUUCUCUUCUUUCAUGGGACAAAACAAGACUUCUCAUUUGUCAGAGAUCAUGAACAGCUGUUGACAUCUGACUUCACAUUUAAAUAAAAAGUCCAUCGGAGCAGCCUGAACUCACUGAGUGGUGCACAGUGACAGGCCCCAACAUGGCCGCCCAUCGGAUCAGAACCACCACCAACAAUACUUCUCUGCCUCGCUGCAAAUCUGAGGGGACGCUCAUCGAUCUCAGUGAAGGCGUGUCUGAAGCCAGUCUCACUGAUGUCAAAGUGCCUUCUCCAAGUGCCUUGCGACUGGACACCACUGCCUCCUUUGGCGCUGCCAGGGAAGUCAUCGCCAUUAAAGACUACUGCCCAUCCAGCUUCACCACCCUCAAGUUCUCUAAGGGCGACCGUCUUUAUGUUCUCGAUUCCUCUGGAGGAGAAUGGUGGUAUGCCCAUAACAACACAGAGAUGGGUUACAUCCCUGCAGCUUAUGUGCAGCCCAUCAACUACAGAGACUCGUCCUUCAGCGACAGCGGAAUGAUCGACACCAUGGGAGAAUGUAAUGAGGAGGCGGCCAAAGAAAUUGACCUCUUGGGAGAGUGGGCAGGAGUGAUUCUAAAACCAACCACCUUCCAAAAUGGAAAUCCUUUUGCAACAAACCAUACCUCUACAAACCCUUUUCUAAAUGGAGGUCCUCAGAGUUCGCUUGAUCAGAACAGUAAUGAGAAAUCGGUCGACCUCCUCCUGUUUGAUACGCUCACUCCGUCUAUGCCCAACUCCACCAGCAGCACUGCCGAUAAUGGAUUUGGCAGUGGUGUUCUUAACUUGAACCUUCUCAGUCCCACUAUGGGGGCAGGUCAAACGUUCCGCAGAGACAACCCGUUUUUUAGAAGCAAACGUUCCUACAGUUUGUCUGAGUUGUCCAUCCUGCAGGCCCAGACCGACACCCCUCAGGCCUCCACCGGUUUCUUUGGAGGCCUCAAAGCACCUGCGCCAGAGCAGUUUCAGAGCAGGGAGGAUUUCCGUACAGCAUGGCUUAACCAUCGCAAGCUGGCCAGGUCUUGCCACGAUCUGGAUUCACUGGGUCAGAAUCCUGGCUGGGGCCAAACACAGCCAGUGGAGACCAAUAUUGUCUGUCGGUUGGACAGCUCAGGAGGUGCCGUCCAGCUUCCGGACACCAACAUUAGCAUCCACAUACCCGAGGGCCACGUGGUACCAGGGGACACCCAACAGAUCUCAAUUAAAGCUCUGCUUGACCCACCGCUAGAACUCAACAAUGACCGCUGCACCACUGUCAGCCCUGUGGUGGAGAUCAAACUCAGCAACAUGGAGAUCAAAUCCACCAUCACCCUGGAGAUGAAGGUGUCGGUCGUGGUAAAAAUGGAGAGCAGGCAAACAACUCAAGUCUUAUGUGUAAGGAGUGAUUGUAAGGAAGGACCUUAUACUCCUAUUCCUCAAGCGUACAUGUACGGGGACACAGUCCAGGUGUGUCUGGACAACCUUGAACCAUGCAUGUAUGUGUGUGUGGUGGCCCAGGCCCAUGCCCAGUCCAUCCCUCCAGACUCCACAGUUUGGGAGCAUGUACUCAAAAAGAUCACGUUAGGAGUGUAUGGUCCCAAACACAUUCACCCGUCAUUCAAGACAGUCGUGGCCAUGUUUGGCCAUGACUGCGCCCCAAAGACGUUGUUGGUAAGUGAGGUUGGAAAGCAGGUACAGUCUGCGCCACCAGUUGCGCUCCAGCUGUGGGGUAAACACCAGUUUGUGUUAUCCAGACCGCAAGAUCUUCGUGUUGGCGUUUACUCCAACAUGGCCAACUAUGAGGUAAAGGCUAGCGAGCAAGCCAGAGUAGUUCGCGGCUUCCAGGUUAAACUCGGCAAAGUGAGCCGUCUUGUCUACAUCAUUUCCUCACGUAACGCUGAAGAUGUUUCAGAUUUCACCUUAAGAAUCCAGGUUAAAGAUGACCAAGACUGUAUACUAGCUCAAUUCUGCGUCCAGACACCAACACCGCCACCUAAAGCUGGCCCAAAGACAUCGGUGCAACGGCGUUUCCUGAAAAAGAAGGAAGUGGGAAAGAUUGUCUUGUCUCCUCUUGCUGUUGCCACAAAGUAUCCUGUUUUCCAGGACAGGAGAAUAAACAACCUGAAGUUUGGGAAAUUAAUUAAAACUGUCAUCCGUCAAACAAAAAAUCAGUACCUGCUCGAGUACAAAAAAGGAGACUUUGUUGCUCUGUUGAGCGAGGAGAAGAUCAAGCUGAAGGGCCAGCUGUGGACAAAAGAAUGGUACAUUGGAUACUAUCAGGGUAAAAUAGGACUUGUUCAUGCUAAAAAUGUGCUAGUGGUUGGCAAAGUAAAGCCCAUUUACUUCAGUGGGCCCGACCUUACGACAUCAUUGUUAUUAGAGCAGAUACUGAAACCCUGCAAGUUCCUCACGUACAUCUACGCCUCUGUAAGAACUAUACUGAUGGAGAACAUCGGCAACUGGCGGGCGUUUGCAGACGCCCUCGGAUAUGUCAACCUGCCCUUGACACAUUUCUGCCGCACAGAGUUGGACGGUGAGCCAGAGAAGGUGGCAUCAGUCCUGGAGAAGCUGAAGGAGGACUGCAACAAUGCAGAUAGCAAAGACAGGAAGUCCUUCCAGAAGGAGCUCCUGACAGCUCUGUUGAAGAUGGACUGUCAGGGCCUGGUGGCCAGACUGGUCAUGGACUUCGUCCUCCUGACCACUGCCGUGGAGGUGGCCGGACGCUGGAGGGAGCUGGCUGAGAGGCUCGCCAAGGUUUCACGCCAGCAGAUGGACGCUUAUGAGGCGCCGCACAGGGACAAGAACGGGGUGGUGGACAGCGAGGCCAUGUGGAAGCCGGCGUACGACUUCCUGGUCACAUGGGCCGCUCAGAUCGGCGACAGCUACAGAGACGUGAUCCAGGAGCUGCACAUGGGCCUGGAUAAGAUGAAGAGCCCCAUCACCAAACGCUGGAAGCAUCUGACCGGCACGCUCAUCCUGGUCAACUGCCUGGAUGCGCUGCGGAGCUCCGCCUUCAGCCCCGCUGCUCAGGAAGACUACGCCAUCUGAACUGUGUUUUAGCCCAAACCAGCUCACCUCAGUCCUCUGGAACAUCCCUCAAAACAUGACGCGGUCUGAAAUGCUGCUUUUCAGCUGUCAGUUGGCCCUGAACCAGCGUUGUGGUUUUGCUCCUGCUGCGUUGCCUUCAGCUCUUCAGGGGGAGACCACCUGACUGCCCCCCUAACAACACAGCACUGUUUGCGCCUCACUGUUACCCCCAGACUCCCAGCAGCUCUCAUCUUGCACAGUUAUGUAUUUUUGUACUCCAGUUAUGGCACAGCAUUUUCGUACAGCAACACUUUUGGUUAAAAACUGUGGGUUGAUCACUAAGAAAGACAUUUUUACAAAAACAGACAUUUUCUUAGAUAUCGUAUCUUAACUGUAACCUCAUCACACAUGUCAAACCUGUUUUAUUUAUUUGUAAGUCAAGUGUCACCUUCCUGUUUUUUUAGGUUCUUGUCGCUGUGGUCCUCCGUAUUUCACGGAACCAAAUAUUUUCAUGUCAGUUGCUAGUUUUCAGAUCAGGGACUGAAUAUAAAAAGUUUGAAUCCGAAUUUUACUGAACCCGACAGACAUCCAUUUUCUGUAUCGCUUCGUCCAAUUCAGGGUCCCGGGGAAGCUGUAGUCUAUCCCAGCAGUUAGCAGGCGAGAGGCAGGUCUAUCAUGGACAGGAAGCUGAAGUACCCGGAAAGAAUCCACGCAUGCACAGGAAUAACAUGCAAACUCCACACAGAAAGGCCACUGUUUGAACCGCCCCAAAGCCGGGGCUCAAACCAGUGACCUUCUUGCUGUGACGCCACAGUGCUAACCACCACACCACCGUUAAACUAAUUCAGUAAAAUCGGAGUAAAAUUAGCCACUCGUCUCAUCGUGAAUGGACAUCUUUUGGUUUCAGACUUCAGUUUUCUGCAAGUUUGACCCUGUAAGCAUUCAUUUUCAGAAGGUCCUCUUACUUUGUUCUGAAGGUUUUGUGUAGUUAAAAAAUGUUAUUUUAUUAAAACCCAACACCAUUAGUGAAAUGACAUUUAAGCUGCAGCUUCACCUCACAGUAAAACUGCAAAUGCUGCAUUUCCAGCUGCACCAAACAGUGACAGAUCAGGCGGUGCUCACUACAAUAAGUGGGAAUUAUUUCCUACACAAAAUGAAGGGAUGGAAAUAAAUGUCAUACAGAAAGUAUUUUAAUGGCUAAUUUGAACUGGCAGGCUAAUGAUGGACUUAAUGUGGCAUCUUAACUUUGAAGUUAAGGCUUAAUUGCACCAAAAACUUAAUUAUGAAACUGAAGAAAGUAAACUUUAAUGGGGACAUGUUAAGAAAAAGAGACUUGCUGGAGAGCACAUACUACCAGAGGUAACACAACCACUUCCAUUCAUAUCACGUCACAAAAUGCAACCAAAUGUAUAAUAUAUCAUUUUAUUCCUGAGCUCAGACAUUUAAAUGACAAGUAUGGACCAGGAUUUAAUUUGGAUUGAUGCUACAUUUAUAUGUUGAUUCAAUGUUAUGUUACAACCUUAGUUAAUACCAAUUAAAAUACAAAAAUAAAACAAAUGUUACCUCGUUCAGAUCUGCAAUUCAGAAUGAUUUCAUUUAGUGGGGUGCUUAUAUUUGCAGGGUCACAAUACCAGAGUAAAUUAGACUCAUCCAGCCUCCCAGCUUUAUCUUCACCAUAGCUUCACACCAUGCUGCAAAUUCUCAUCAGCAGUUAUGCAGCUCAGUUAACUGAGAAAGAAAAUAGCUAAUGCUGCACUAACUGUGCUGUGUUUAAUGUUUUAUGAGAUAGAGACUGUCAGCUGGAGACUUUACAUUCUGUUGGUAAGCUACCGUUGGAAGGAAGUUAGACCUGAUAAAGUCUAACCUUGUUCCCAACAAGGAAAUAUGACUUCUCGUUGGGGUUCUCUUGGUUUUUUUCCCAGUUAGAAAUGGGAAAUCCCAAGUUCUCCUACAGAAUAUUAAAACUGAAGCAUCUAGGACCACAGCACUGGAAACAUUAUAUAAACAGUGAAUUGGCCUUGUAAUCAGCAUUUUUUAACAGGCCUCAAAACUUGAAAUGCAGAUGGACCAACGGUGAAGGCCAGACUUUACUGACCUGCUGUGCGUCUGAAGAAUUACGAUGCUCUGUUAGCUGCCAGCUAGCUAGCUGUUAACUUAAGCCUUCUAAUCUGUGAUGCUGAGUUUUAACAACACAGUUCAACCGAUGCCGAUGCCCUGCAGAUUUUAGAUGUUUCCCUGCUUCAACACACCUGACUGAAAUGAAUGGGUCAUUAAGCAGAACUUGAAAACAAGCUGCUGGAUACAUUUAAUUUGAAUCAGGUGUGUUUGAGCAGUAAAACGUCUAAAACCUGAAGGACAUCGGCCCUCAAGGACUGGCGUCUGACAUCCCUGCAGUCGUCUAGCUCAUGAAUUCAUUCCAUGCUUUGAGCUAAUGAGGUGGACUUUUCCUCACCUUACACCUUUUACACACCUUACAAGUGGAGUCCUUCCCUGGUUUAUUUGUUAAAAAGUCAGAAGUCAGCAGGAUGAUUUGAAAGCUGUGUGAUGCUUGUAAACACUGAGGACACAAUAUGUGAUGAAUUUCCAGCCAUCACGUGUGUUUCCCGGCUGGAACAAACUGCCUGCGUUUCUACAUUGUGACAGAAAGUCCACAGAAUCUCUAUGAAACCAGUGCAGUACAUGGACGACUAGUUUUCAUGCUUCUUUCAGAGAUUCGGCGAAAGUGGCUACAUACCAAGUCAGUAAGCCACAGACUAAAGAAAGAUUGUGUUAAUGGCCAAUGAAAUAAUAAUCUGCGUUAAUUAGCGCAUACUACAUGCCCACCCCUGAUUAAAACUGAAAAUAGUGAAACAAGAGGUUCCGGAUCUGCUCUGUCACCGUUUUUUGUCCACACACAGCAGCUAUUGUGGUUGUAGCUUCUUUCUGGAUCUGCUGGGUACAUUUGCAGAACUGGUUUUUGACAAACAAUUUUUUUCCAUUUCAUGUGCGAUUUUUAGCUUGGAUCAUUUUGAGCCGUCUCAGCCAGACGUGUCAACCACAUCACAUCAUUUUUGCCAGCUGCUGCAGUUUGCUCAGCUGUGUCUCACCCCCUCCAACACCUCCAUACGUACAUAUUUACUCACGUUCAGUCUCCUGAUGAAGCCACUUCACCAUGGUUAAAAACUUCAGAACAAGUAUAAGCUGACUGGAAGUUAAAUUUACUUCAUCAAAGAUUAUUUAUAGUAUUGAUCAUAAAUAUUUUUCAUCCACAUGAAACUCCCUGCCAUCUCCUGUCUGUAUUCUAAUAGCCUGAUAAAAUGUAUGUUUGUACCAAAGCUGGCCAAAAAUGAAUGGAGCGCUUCACAGAUGUUCACUGUUGUAAUGAGACUGUCCAUCAAGGCUUGUGGCUGCUUUGUCUCAGUGCUGCGUGCUGUAUGAUGUGGUAGUAACAGCCAGCGCUAAGCCUGAAAACCUUUUCUGACUGCAUACUUUUGUGGAAAGGACUCUAAAUAAAAUGUAAAUAUUUGUACACA